AUGGACGAUUCUGAUGGAAAUAAUAAUUACAAAAAUAAUAAAAAGAGAGAAAAAGGAGGGAGCCGUUUUCAGAAGCGAAAAACUUCAGAAAAUACGGGUGGGUGGCAUAGACUGCCAAGAUUUCAUAGAAGGCACAAAGGGGAACAGGAAAAGGUACCUAAUUUUUUAGAGGGGGUGAGGGGAUUAAAAAAUUUUUUUUUGAAGUAUCACGCCUCUUCAGUCUCUCUAGAUGAGAUAUCUGGCACCUCAGCAGGCACUUCAAGCAUUAGAAAUAAUAUUAAAACUUCAAGUGAGAGAAAAAUAACGACAGCUUCAGAUACUUCUGAUAAGCAAAGAAAAUCGCGUUUGGAGGAAUUAGAAGUCCAAUUACCUUCAAUGGAGGAGUAUGAAUUAAAUCAUAAAAUACAAAAAUUGUUGAAGGCUUUUGCAAAGAAAAAUUGUUGUUUCCCCAUCCUCCCUUCCAACUUCCCCCAAUUUACUUCACAGUCUGCCAGACGGUUGUCUAUGGCCUUUGGGACAGUUCCAAAGAAGAAUAAUAAUAUUGACAAACUUUCUUGGCAUAAAUUAAUUAAAGACAUUAACGACAGUAUCGAAGCCUUAAUCGAAUCAGAUAAAAAACAAUUUGUAAAAACAAUUGAAUCUAGUUAUGAAAAUGAUUUAAAAGAAAUUCGAGAAACUAAUGCUCGUCUUAGACUUAUUGAACUUAAUGGAGUUACUAAAAAGAAUGCCCCAAUGGAAAGAGGAGUAGAAGAAAACCGACGUUUACUUGGAGUUAAAAUGACUAAGUUGGAAGAAUUGGGCGAACAGGCACAUUCCCUCAAACAAAAACUUGCCAACAAAACAAAUGAGAGGUUCGAUGAAGUUCCACAAAUUAAUUCGGAAUGAUUUUUGUAUUCAUAAAAAACUCCUCAAAGCUAUAAAAGAUCUUACUACCCAACAACGACGCAUUUUUAUUUUUUAUUU